AUGCAGGAGCUUGAACCAUGGAAACCGGUGAAGCCUGUGACGUGCGUCGUGCAGUUCGUCCUUGUAUGCCGAGCAAAAGCGCGUCGACCCUCAUCAAAGUCCACGUCCUCUACACCUUUGGCCAAAGCCGUGCAGAUCAGUGCAAAAGCGCCUCCCGCCCUGGACGCCCUACCUGUGUGGAGAUUGGGCGAGGGCCAGGGGACCGGGGACCCUUUGAACCCGCUCCUUGUGUGCACACACGGAGGGACUGCUUACCGUGCUUAUGCCCUGGGUAUUUGCUCAUUGACGAAUGGUCGCUUGAAGCACACUCGACUCGACUGCACGCCCCAGGGAAUAUGUGGUGCAGAGUUUUACCUCGAGUCCCGUUGUGGCCUACUAUUCGGCCAAGCGGCUUGCAAUGAGAGACAUGGCCGUGGUUCUGCCGCGUACAUUGUUGUGUAUGGUGAUGGAUGCUGCAUGGCGGGAUGGGGCCCUGGCAACAAGGCUACACUCCCCACCUCUACCAAUGGCUACGCAUCGUGGUGCGAAACUUUCGGGCAUAUGUAUCUUGUCCACUGCAGGGGCGAUUAUCGCAAUCCCGCGACAAGUCGACGGUGCACCGUUGCAGGAGCAUGGGCUGAGCACACCCGUCACGCUCCACGCGAGUCUCUAUUUUCGGGUCCUCCAUGGGCUCUCAAGCCACACUCCUCUGAGGAACCGAUGCAAAGACCGAGGCGGGAACGGUCCGUAGCCUGGCCACCACCACCCACCAUCCACCCACCCCAGUCAUGUCCCAAUUAUGGCGCGCGGACGCUCUCUCGCCCAAUGUUCAUGACGGAACCGUUCGAUGGCAAGCCCGCAGCCAUGCCCGCGGGCUCAGACGCAUGGUUUUGCUACGGGCCUGGCCAAUGCACUACCUCUGGUGGAUCCCCUGUCAAGCCUCAUACCUACCUGUUGUGCAUGCGUGCUUGCAGCGUCUAUCUGUCCAUCGCUCUCUCAGAACCCCUGCCUCGAGUAGGCUCCUCGUUCGGGGUUGGCUCAGGCACAGCCCGCAGAUAUUUACAGUCUUCUCCAUAA